AUGGAGACAGACGCAUCCAAUAUCCCGCUUCCUACAAAUGAGGAUCUUUCACCUACAGAGCAAGAUUUAUUGGAUGAGUAUGAGCGCUUGGCAGAGAAUAUGAAGACUCGCCCUGAACAGCUUGCGCACACUCUCGAAACUAUGUCCAAUAAUCCCACGGCCUAUAUCCUCGAUAAUCUGCGCCAGUUGGAGCGGAAAACAAGUUUGGUUUUUACGUUGUUGAAAGCGAGUGUUUAUAGUAUUGUGCUGCAGCAGCAGAUUAGUGAGGAGAGGAAUGAUGAUGCUGGAGUGGAGGGGAGUGAGGAGGGAGAUUAUGAAUAA